ACAGAGAGGACGACCCAGAGCAGCGUCCUGUCUGAAGACACAGAGAGGACGACCCAGAGCAGCGUCCUGUCUGAAGACACAGAGAGGACGACCCAGAGCAGCGUCCUGUCUGAAGACACAGAGAGGACGACCCAGAGCGAGAUGGACAGACUUCUUCUGCUCAUCAUGGCUGCAUCAGGGCUGAGUGCUGUCUCAUCAGCUGCUGGACGUCAGUACUAUUUUGUGUAUGACAGGAAGAACUUUACUGAAGCCCAGAGAUACUGCAGAGAGAAACACACAGACCUGGUCUCUGUAGACCACAUGGAGGUCAUGAAGAUCCUGAACAACACCGCGGAUCUAGACCAGAUGUUCUACUCCAAGAACAGCUACAGAGCCUGGAUAGGACUGUCCGGGGACAGCUGGAGGUGGUCCCUGUCAGACCCAGGUUUCUACAAACCCGGGGAGACGGACUUCAGACGAUGGGGGUUAGGACAAGUGUACGCUGGAUACAGGGGAAAAGUCUGCACAGGGAUGAAUUCCAAUGGAGACUGGUUCGACACCGGCUGUGACAACAAAGUGUAUUCACUCUGUGUAGAGGUCAGAGGUGAGAGUAGUAACCGGUGA